UGUGGCAAGACGUCAUCACCCCACGCCGGAAGCGGCCUUUUUCGCCUCGCUCUGUUUAUUUACUAUCGUUCUAGAGGCGUCAUCGUCGGGGAGCGAGCAACAGAAUGCCUGCGGGGAAAAACUUUCGGCGGCGCAGAGCGUCCAGCUCAGAUGAGGAGGAGGAGGAUGAAGGGGUGACCAAAGAGGUCAGGAUGAAGUUAGAAGAAGCAAAAGAAGUGCAGAGUCUAAGGAAAAGACCAAAUGGUGUGAGUGCAGCGGCUCUGUUGGUAGGAGAAAAACUACCGGAGGAAGACACAUUAGUGGACGAUCCUUUCAAGAUCAAAACUGGAGGCAUGGUGGAUAUGAAACAACUGAAGGAACGAGGCAAAGAGAGACUAGGAGAAGAAGAAGAUCUGAACUUGGGAACUUCGUUUUCUGCAGAAACCAACAGGCGGGAUGAAGAUGCUGACAUGAUGAAGUACAUUGAGACAGAGCUUAAGAAGAGAAAGGGAAUUAUUGAGAAUGAGGAAAAGAAAGUGAAGCCGAAGAGUGCAGAAGAUUGUUUGUAUGAGUUACCGGAGAGCAUUCAGGUCUUUUCCGCCAAGAAGACCGAGGAGAUGUUAUCCAACCAGAUGCUCAGCGGGAUCCCAGAGGUGGACCUCGGGAUAGAUGCAAAAAUAAAGAAUAUAAUAUCCACAGAAGACGCCAAAGCCCGCUUACUGGCCGAACAGCAGAAUAAGAAGAAGGACAAACAGACGUCCUUCGUACCUACCAACAUAGCUGUGAACUACGUACAGCACAAUCGAUUUUACCAGGAAGACCUGCAUACGCCUAUGCGACGUCACAAGGAAGAACCAAAAGCCCGGCCUCUCCGGGUGGGCGACACCGAGAAGCCGGAACCAGAAAAGUCUCCUCCCAACCGGAAGCGUCCGUCCAAUGAGAAGGCCACAGAUGACUAUCAUUACGAGAAGUUUAAGAAAAUGAAUAGACGUUAUUAAUCCUGGUGUAUGGUGAGAGCCAGUGGUAGUCACCUCCACCCAGAAAUAAAGCCUAACCGAGCUUCCAGCACUGGGAGAUGUUCUCUUCACACAGGGAACGUGAUGGAAUCACUAUUAAAGUACUCAUAUGACAAGUCUAUCCCCCCACCCACCCCCGCUUGCUGUCCCAGAAUAGCCUGUGAUGCUGACUGCGCAUUAGUGGGGUGAGAGGGUCUUCUACUUCUGUGUUCUCUUCCCCAUUGGGAUAAUGUAAGCCCAGGCCCAGACACUUGUGCCUGGGUGAGGUCUGGACAUUGAUGUGGCCCUGUACUGUGACGGAAAGCCAUGCUCAGCAUGGAUCAUUGUAUAUGAGGAACAAGGCCUCGUCAGCGAGUGAUAGAUAUGUUUGUUUCUGUCUUUUCUUACAGUUUAUUGUGUAUUGAUUUUUAGAAAGGGGAUACAGCGGAUUAAACCACAGUAAGCAGUGUUUUUUCA